AUGGUGGCCCUGGUCAAUGAUGGAUAUUAUGAGUCCCUUCCUUUCACUUCCGGUGGAUAUACUUGGACGUUCAAAAUCUACCCAAACGGAAACAAGAAGGAAGUAGGAGGGCCAGGAUGGGUUUCGGUUUACACAAAAAUCGAUACCUCAAUCUUCGUCACCCACCCACAAGAUGUGUAUGCAGAUAUCAAGUUCUUCGUCUUCGACGGUGUCAAUCGUUUCUACUCUACACACCAAGAAAGUGAGCCUGUAAGGUUUGACAAAGUAAAAUCGGAGUGGGGAAUGCCGAAAUUUCUGUCCACGGCAUGUUUCGACAAGGGACGGUCGGGAUUUAUUUACAACGAAGGGAAAUGUGAGUUUGGAAUAGAUAUCUUAGUUGAUCAACGCUACCAGAGGGAACUUUUCUCUUAUGUCGAAAACGUCACCAAACCCAUUUUCACGUGGAACAUCACCAAUUUCUCUACCCUCUAUCAUCAUUCUUACACAUCCAAUACGUUUUCUUCUGGAGACAGAAACUGGGUUUUGAAAGUGUAUCCAAAUGGAUAUGGUGUUGGAAAGGAUAGAUAUUUGUCACUCUACCUGUUGAGUGAGAAUAAAGAAAUCAAUUGCGUUAAAGCCACGCUACGAGUUCUAAACCAAAUUACAUCCGGUAAUGUGGCGAAGCAAGUUGAGGGAUGGCCUAAUGCAGCAGAAAAUGGAUGGGGUUUCCAGGAGUUUAUAGCUCUUGCAGAUCUUCAUGAUAAACCCAAAGGUUUUGUUGUGAACGAUUUGCUUCAAGUUCAAGUCGAGAUCACGGCCUUCCAUACACGGACUUCAUCUACCUAG